CUCUUUUUAUAUAGAUCUGAGACAAUGGCGACGUUGCCAGGUAAGAGAUUAUCAUUGUAUGUAGUAAAUAGGAUGGAAGCUCCUUGACGCGCAGCCUUGCAUGAAAGAUUAGAUAUGGAUUAACGUGCCCAAAUCGUUUCACAGAUGCAAGAGGACAUUGCAAUUAUCGAACCUGUUGCGGGACAAGUUCAAGUAUCUUCGAAACUACUCAGCUACUAGAUUAUACAACAUGGCAAAAGCGGUACUCUAAGAAGCUUGUUGGAGUGAAUGAUCAUCGACUGUCGCGGUGAUGGAUGUCGUCCGAUGAUGUCGUCGUUGCCCAUGGCACGUGCACCUAGCUCCAAAGCUUAACCGUCCGCGAGGCAGUCGCGUCUCCAUCAUCGCCUCCCCGCCCGAAACUCCUUAACAUCAAUUGUCGCGUCAUUCUCCAAGAAAUUAGCAGCGCAACCAGCUGUGAAUCAUUGCGCGCAAUCAAGAUGAGUUCGGCGGAUGUAGCCUCCGACGGCGAAAUUGCCUCAUCGACAGCGCGACGCAAAUCCGGACGCGUCUCGAAGAAACCACAAAAAUACGCGCCCGGUUCGAGUCCAGGCGCAAGCACAAAGCGCAAACGCGGAGACGAUGACGACAGCGGAGUUGACGCGAACGAGGCCCUGUCUGAGGAAGAGGAUGAGGAAAGCAGCGAGGGUGAACCAGACGAAGAGGAACUGAGGGAACGCAGGCGCAAACAAAAGAGCAAGGCGCGCGCCAAGAAACCAGCGCCUAAGAAAGCGAAAACAAAUGGCAAGACCGUCAGUCUCGCGAUUCGGCCUGCGACAAGUGUAUCGAAGAAGGCGACCAAGAAACCGCGCAAAGCAGCUGUUCGCAAGAGCACGCUUGCCGAGGAUGCGCCAGGAGGACUAUAUGCCGACGUUUUUGCUAGCGGUGAUCGACUCGAGGAUGUUGCGGCGCGAUGGGUUGUGCGCUUCAAUGAGCACGAGGGCCUGGCUGUGGCCGAGAUUGUCAAUCUGGUACUACGAGCUGCUGGCUGUGGCAUUCAGAUAGACGAGGACGACAUUGCAGAUCCAGAUAAUUCGCACAACCGCGUUGCAGAGAUACAAGAAGAAUUCCAGGCACAAGAAGUAACAGACUACCCACUUAUCGCGAAAGCCAAGGAUGGCGGCGGCCAGGCCUUCAGGAAAGCGCUACAUGGCUUCUUCUACACCCUCAUCCAGACCGUGGCCCAGUCGGGGCUCAUGUACGAAAACACAAUCCUCAUCGAGACGUUCGAAGUGUGGAUUGGCUCCAUGUCCUCCACUGGCAAUCGUCCUUUCCGUCACACGAGCACCGUCGCAUCUCUCGCCAUUAUAACAUCACUGGCACAGGUUGCAGCCGAUAUCGUCGAGAACACAGCUAAGAAGAUUCGGCAAAGCGAGUCAGAGUCUAACAAGUCGCGCGUCAACAAGACACGUGUCUCGGCGGCGAACCAAGAGGUCGAGCAAUACAACCAGAAGCUGGAGCUUGUCGACACCUAUCUCAACGAAUGGUUCGAAAUGGUCUACAUCCAUCGAUACCGUGACGUAGAUCCCAAAAUUAGAGUUGACUGUGUAGUAGCGUUGGUAGACUGGAUCAUCAUAUAUCAAGACAAAUUCUUCGACGGCAGCCAUCUGCGCUAUCUUGGCUGGGUCCUCUCAGAUCCCAACCCACCAACUCGAGUUGAGGUCCUCCACCAACUUACAAGACUAUUCCGCGACACGGACAAGCUAGCAGGAUUGAAGACCUUCACCGAACGAUUUCGCCCGCGAAUAGUUGAGAUCGCCACGCGCGAUGCUGAGAACAACGUUCGCGCUGCAGCGGUCGACCUGCUAGAUGUUCUUCGAGAGGCUGGCUUUCUCGAGCCCGAUGAUAUCGACUCUGUUGGCAAGCUGAUAUUCGACUCGGAUGCAAAGGUUCGCAAGUCAGUUGUGGGCUUCUUUGCCGAGAAUGUGAAUGCUGCGUACGAGGCUACCGUCGAGGAUAUGGGUGGUGAAGAAGCUCUCAACGAAGCACUAGCGCCUCCUGACGAGGACGAUGAAGAGUACCAAAACCCCCGACUGGAGUGGUUGAAGCUGAAGUGCCUGGUUGAGCAGCUUUUGUCAUACGAUGAGGAGGACUCCGAGCUGCCUUCGCAAAUCGAGCGUAUUUCCCCGUCUGGUGCGGAGCUUGGCUUGGUGGCUGCUGGUAUUGAGUCGCGAUUCUCGCUAGCUGCACAAGCAUUGUAUGAUGCCAUUCCAGAGAUAAGAUCAUGGGAGGUGUUGGCUGGCUAUCUUCUCUACGACCACUCACAGACGGUACAAAAUGGCGCGGGCGAUGAUCCUGAAACGAUGCUUCGCCAAAAUUGCCAACUCGAGGAGAAGCAUGAAACUGCUCUUCUCGACAUCUUGAACGCCGUGGUCCGCAUUCGUCUGCAGCGCCUGGCUGAGGCACAAAACGACAAGAAGAAGACGAAAGCGCAACGCGAAAGCAACCAGGAGGACCAGGCGGAGAUGGCCAGGAAGCUAUCGACGUUCAUCCCUCAGCUCUUGAAGAAGUUUGGAGCCCUGCCCGAGGCCGCAGCGUUAUGUCUUCGCCUGGAGCGUGAACUCAACCUGGAUGUCUUUCAGGAGUUACGGCAGAACGCGGCACUCACAGCGUUGCUCGACGAUAUCAACAAGCAAUUCUUAACCCAUCACAAUGAGCGCGUUCUGAGUGAGGCGAUAGGGUCGAUACUGCACGCUCAAGGUAAUGACGAGCUGAAAGAGAUGAUCGGGCUCAAGAUCCAGGCUCUUUGGGAUGAUCUGAUCAACACAUUCGAUGCCCUUCGGAGAGGCAAAGACUUCACACAACGAGGCAACUUGGAGCAGAACAUCGUCGUCGGUGUAUCUAACGUCGUCUUGAAGAUGGCACAGCUGGCCAAGGCCUCUGACGCCUCAGUGCUAGACCAUGUCUACGCCCCUGCCAAUUCGAGAAGCAAAUCGAAAAAAGCCGCCCUAGACACACCGCCGAUCGCAUCUUUGCUAGAUAUUCUUGACCGCGGUGUACUGGUCGACCGUCUGGAUGCGGAACUACAGGAGCCAGAGGACACACUCGUCCGCCACGCCAUGUCCCUCAUGCUGGUCUACUUCAUGUGGAAAUGCCGAUCGUGUGGCAUCCACAUCGAAGAAGGCACCACGAUCCCCGACGAAGAACUCACCGCGAUUGCCGAGCGAAGAGACGCCUGCAUCACAGCACUCAUGCGCAUCAUGCAAACGCGCAAGGGCGCCGACGAUGUGCGCCUCGACGCGGCAAACCUCCUGCUAGACAUAUACAACAUGUUCCGGUCCCUCAAAGCGAAGAAAAGCCAGAUCACAAGAACGCCCAAGAAAACCCAAGGCCGUGCCUCAAUCGAUGCCAGUGAUGACUGGGAGUCUUUAUGUCAGGACAUCGAUGACGAUACCGCGAAACUCCUCACGCAAAUCCUCUCCGCUACGGAAACUAACCUCGCGAAACUCGCUGGCAAGCGCCUCGAGGAACCAGACGUGGACGACGACCCUAUCGACCCUGAUGAUGAGCCUGAAUCCGACGACGAUGAUGACGUGGACCAGACGGAUCGCCAGCUCCGCACCCUCCUUGCGGAAGAGCGCCUCUGCCACUUUGGCGCGCGCAUCGUGCAGGCUGUGCAAGUCGGUAGCUUGGAUAGUAAUGGUGGCGAUGCAGUGCGCACGCGUCUCGAGCGCAACAAGACGAAGCUCACGCCGACGUGGCGCGAAGUCGUCAACCAUCUCGAUGCCGUGAAGCAGGGCAAGAAGAAGGUCGCCGCCGCCAAGGCGAGGGACGAGAAGAAAGAGAAGAGCAAAGCGAUUGUCAUCGAAGACGAUAGUGAGGAGGAGGAACAAGAGGAGGAAGAACAGCACGACGAGAUCGAAGACGAGGAGAUGGCCGACGCCGAUGCUGAAGAACAAGUCAACGGCGCGGAGGAACGCGAUGUAGAUGCGAUUGAGGACGACGAGCGCGUCGAUGGGGAGAGCAUCGUCGGCGACUAGGUUGUGCAGAUCUUUGUUGUUUAUUAUCCCUUGUUAUGCUAUGUAUGCUGUGGAUUCCCGUUUACUUCUCGCGACACUAUUUACCGGAGGGGGAUAUGUAUGUACGAGUUGAGAUGGGAUGGAGUGGUUUGACGGGUCGUUUUAUACCUUCGAUGUCUGGCGCUUCGGCGUUUUUCACGAGGGAUGGAUAGGAUGGGAUGGAUGCAUGUCUGUCUGUUUUUGUAGUGCAAUGAAUGGCUUUUCGAUGGUGUCUUGUGGAAGGCGUACGCACGUCUCAUCUCAUCUCAUCUCGUCCGUCUGUCAU